UAAUUGUUGAUCUCCACUUCCACUCGUAAUUUUCCUAAAACCGCCAACACUCCACUUCCGCUAUCAAAUCAUUCCAAUAUCGCUUCAAAAAAUCCCUUAUCACGGUCCCGAACUUGGUGGAAGGGGGCUCGAGAUCCGCAGAGUGGGGAUGCCCCCAGUCACCGAGGAUAAUCGCGUGUAGUCGUACAACGUAAGCCCCCAAGUUGUAAACUCAGUACUCAGUGCCUUCUCGUUCGACGUUCAGUGCGGGCUAUUGGUUCAACGUACUCCCGACACAGUGCCAACAGUCACUGCAUUUUCCGCCCGACUGAGGGACAGAAAAAAACAACACGUGUUGCCUUGUCAUUCACCUCGGGAGAAAUGAGAAGAUGAGCAUAAAAAUAAAUCCACCAGAAAGUCAAGCCAACCCGAAAGAGAAUAUUCACGAUGUUUUGUGACAGCAAUUGUGUUUGGAUGAACUGUUUGCGGCCCAAAUAAUUUAUAAAUCAUGGAAUUCAAGGCGAUUGAAUUAUUUAUCGAUGCACAUGUGCAAUGAAUCAUGGAAAUUCCGUCAUACCGUGCACCAGAAGGCCAACAAACUUCCUGGAUCCUGGACGUUAUCCAAUGACCUGAGCACAGCAGGACAGAUAAUCAAUCGUUCGACGAAUAAAAACAAUAAUUAUCUGUGAUACAAAAAUAACGGAGACAAUAAAAAGUUGCCGGGAUGCUCGGCAGAACUAGACAAUUCAAUGUUAAAUAAGUGAAAUCAUUUUUUAGCGCAAAUAACUUCAGUUGUCCCUGAGUGAACAAUAAUGAGGACCCGUCAUUCAGCACCUAGUGACAUUUAUAUCAACAUAAACAUAUGUUUUGAAAUUGACUUUGGAAUCUGUGAUGUAAGAAACCAGUUGGAAUACCUCGGGAAUACGAAAAAAGUGGUUCUUCCUUGAUGGUUUAAAAGCAAGUGCAAAAUACGUGUCAAGUGUGAUAGAAUUAUUUUUUGUUAAUUUUAUUUGUGUUUGUUGAUUUAUCAAAAUGACUGUUACAUACACUGCGGAAGUGGCCACUUGUAGAGGCUUGGGGUGCUUCUUCAAACUUCUUCUGAGAUGGCGAGCGAGUGUCUACAAACUAGUCUGGCUGGAUCUUGCCCUCUUCCUCUUCAUUUACUACAGUUUAUCGGCUCUCUAUCGUUUCGGUCUUGAUACAGAACAGAAGAAGACAUUUGAGGGCAUUGUUGCGUACUGCAAGGAGUACAGUGAUCUUAUACCAUUGUCAUUUGUACUUGGUUUUUAUGUCAGUAUUGUUAUGACACGAUGGUGGAACCAAUACACUGCUAUACCAUGGCCUGAUUCCAUCGCUGUUUUUGUUUCGGCUACUAUUCAUGGUAAUGACGAGAGGGGGAGACUAAUGAGACGUACCAUUGUCAGGUACGUCUGUGUUUGUUUGACUUUAGUCCUGGCGAACGUGUCUCCCCGCGUGAAAAAGCGCUUCCCAACUCUCGAUCACUUCGUAGACGCGGGUCUCCUUCUUGAGAAUGAGCUUGCCAUAUUUCAAAGUCUCAACGCAAAGUUCCCGAAGCCAAGUAAACACUGGCUGCCCAUUGUCUGGGCCUCCAGUAUUGUCACGAGAGCUCGAAAAGAAGGAAGAAUUCGCGAUGAUUUCGCUGUUAAGACACUCAUUGAUGAGCUGAAUAAAUUCAGGGGUAACUGUGGAAGUUUGAUACAGUACGAUACCAUCUCUGUACCUCUAGUGUACACCCAAGUCGUCACAUUGGCAGUUUACACUUACUUCUUGACCAGUGUCAUGGGAAGGCAGUGGGUCCACACGACUGAAACAGCAAACGUCGAUCUGUAUUUUCCUGUAUUCGCAACUCUUCAAUUUUUCUUCUAUAUGGGAUGGCUCAAGGUCGCCGAGACCUUGAUCAAUCCUUUUGGGGAGGAUGAUGAUGACUUCGAGGUGAAUUGGCUUGUUGAUAGAAAUCUUCAGGUAUCUUACCUGAUCGUCGACGAGAUGCACCACGAUCACCCAGAAUUAAUCCGUGACCAAUACUGGGACGAGAUAUUCCCAGUGGAGUUGCCCUACACAGCAGCAGCCCAGGCCUUCAGAGAGGAGCACCCAGUCGCUUCCACAGAUGGUAUCCAGCUGUCAGCAGCUCAGCAGGAGCUCCAGCCCUCCUCAGUUCGAAUAGACGAGAUGAAUCCCGAGUCCUAUCCGAAUAUGAAAUUCCGCAGUGACAUAGCAGACGACGCAGCCUCCGGAAUUCACUUCAUGGCUGGUGGAAAGAUCUCGAGAAGUGGUAGUAGAGUCAGCACCAGGGACAGGCCAUUCACCGGUGGCUCAACUCCAAGCAACAUCGGUGGCUCCCUCACAAGAGUCAACAGUGUCACAAGUGUCUUGAAGAGGCUCUUCAGCAAGGAGGACAGGCCUGAUGGCAGUGGUGCAAAGACCCCUGGAAGACUUGCAAAUUCGAGUUCAGCAGCUUCUCUACAGAAUCGACCUGGGGUGAAUGCCAGUGGCUCCAUGAGAAUCGGAGUAAUCGAAGAAGUGGACGAACAGAUGACGGUAAAUUCAAUGCGUCCAGAGCAUCGUCCUCACGUCCAGAGUAUCUUCCCCACGAAUGGGGCACCACCACCCACAGCCCCCAUGGAUGUGCCCAUCAAACCGAGAAAUGGACAGUUGUACUCAGCAAGUGCACCUGUGGGUCCUGGACCCUUUGGCGGAGGAAAAUACCAGACUAGGGCCCAGGUGUCCUCGGAUUCUGCGAGGCUCAGUGACACUUUUGACUUCGGUGAGGUGGACAACGUCAGUAUAAGGUCAUCAACGACGUCGGGGAGCUCGGAUGAUGAGUUCACCAGGCUCAAACUGGAGAGGGAUAAGCAGAGGAGGGACAGGGCUAUCAGAAAACUUGCCCGAAGUGUCAGUGGAAAUCAACCAGAUCCUCCGUCCUCUAUGGAUCUUGAUGAGACUCUACUGUUGACGGAAAUGGCGGAGACAUCUAGGGCGGCGAUGCGCCCUGCCGAUCGGGGAAAGAAGACUAAUGAAACGGAUAAUGUGUAGGGGAUGGGGGUCGAUUUAACUUCGAGGAAAAUUUUGCAUCGAAAAUAUUCGUGGAAAUUUUAGGCUGAGACUUUAUUUGUUUUAUGAUUCUUUCUUUUUUUUGGAGAAUUGACGAAGUCAGUGAAGACACAUUUAAAUGAAUAAUUAAAUAACAGGUCCUUGGGAAGAUGAACAUUUUCUCCUAGGAUCUGUCAUUUUUUAACUUGACCUUCGAGUUAAUUUUCAAGCUCAUGCAUUCUUUUAUGUUUUAUAGUCCGUUUUUAUGGGAGAACGAUAUUUUCUUUGGUUUUUGUCGCUGUUAACGUAAUUCUUCAGUUUUUUGUCAAGAAAAAAUUAAUAAUAUUCAGUAGUUAAGUGGUAAAACGAUCAGUAAAUCAUAGAUGAAAUGCGAUAACAGUUUUUUUUCAUAGAAUCGUUUUUACUGAGCAACGUAUGAACUGCGAACGAGAUUUUUUAAUAAAAUUUUGCUAUUUCCCUUCUUUUACAAGAUGUUUAGUGACAACUUAUCGUAAUGAGAAGGUACCUGUCCACUACAGAAGAAAAAAAGCCCAAUAGAAUGAGUUCAUAAAGGAGAAUCUAUUAUUUUUUAUGCAGAAUAAUUUCUUUUGAAUUUCUCACUCCAAAGACAAACAUCAAGGACGUCCAAUAAAAUUCAACCAUAAACGGAAUAAAAUUUCGUCACGAAUACAUUAACUUUAUGAUUUAGUGGUUUCUAUAUUAAAUCUCUUCAAAGUUUGACCUCGAAGUGAAAUCGCCACUUGUCAGUCUCCCAAUUAUUCACUGGACUAAAAAAUAUUUUCAUUCGUCCAUUACUUCAUUUGUAAUUCAAAACAUGAGAUCAAGUGUUGAAUACAAAGUGUCAUUUUGUGCGAUAGUGGGAUGAGUUUAACGACUGUGGAUUCAGAACUAGUGAAAUUACAGUGUUAAUGAUACCAAGAGGAACUGAUUAAUUUAUCACAUUUUCUAUCCGUUUUUAUAAGGAAGGACGCUUUAAUAUUAUUAGACAAAUUUCCAUGUUGUCCCCUCAGUCCUUGAAUAAGAAUCAAGUAUUGAUGGGAUAGCACUAGUUGACCAUAAAGGAGAUUAUUAUGUACUUACGAGAGUAUGGGAAGUUUACGUAUGAAAUUUAUAUAAUCGUUAAGUCAUUUUUUUUUUAUCGUCUUCGUCGGAUAUAUCAAUCAACACUCUUUACCCUUUGCAUCACUGUUAUAUAAAGCUCAAGAAGGCCUUCGUAAAUAUUUUAUAUCGCUUAUAUCGUGUAAAUAGACGAACUGUUGAGGCGAUUAAUUAAUUGGCUUUCGAGGUGAAGAUACAAGGCAAAUGUGAUUUUUCUACUCGUUUUUAUCGCGCUUUUUACUGCUCCUCAUUGUCGAGGGAUCAUUAGAAACGCUUCAAUCGUGUAAUUACGAGAAAUUUCAGUCAAUUGACGGGUGAAAAAUAGUUUUAAUGCACAUAUGUUGAUUCAUUUUACUUCGGGGAGGCGUAGAGAGACGUAUUUUAACACUGAUACAGCAUUUUUGAGCGGAAUUUUAUCAGUAACGGACUGGUAAAAGGUUUCCAGUCAAUUGUGAUUGCUUAGCAGUUUUCAAUGAACAGGUGCACGGGAAUAAAUGUUCAGUAAAAUUUAUGGGAGUAUUGCAAUUUUGCAGAGGAAAUUCAGGGAGAAAUUAAAGAAAUUUAAUUGAUUGUGUUAUAUAAUUUUCGAAAUUAAUUUGAAAACUCUAAAUGCGAUGAAAUAUGAGUGAUAGUUUAACAAGAAAAAUCUAUUUACCCUAAAUUUCCCUAGAUUUAAGUAAAUUUUUGAAAAACUCAUAUUGAAUUCAAAUUCAUUAUAUUGAGAAUUCGCGUGCAACUGUUCCUCAAUUGUCAAGAAAAUAUUAACACUGGAUCCAUGUCCUAUAAAUAAAACGAAUAGCGUAAGGAUUAGAAAUCGAAUUUUGGAAACGAAAAAUUUUAUCGAAUUGUUAUCGUGUUAAUAUCUCGAAAUCUAAGGGAGAUAGGAAAUUUUUGUUAAUAACUUUUUUGUAGAACGCGUUGAGGGCUAUAAAAAAACUCUUGACGAUAAUUUCGCUAUCUCCCAUAAAUUCAGAGUUAAUCCAUUUACCGUUUCGCUAUUGAUACGUCAGUGGUAAAGUAUGUCAGAGAUAAUUAAAACGUAGUAUUACGAGUUAGAGAUAAACUAGAUAAUAUGAAGUAACAUUCCAGUGGUGAAUGGUAAGUUCAUAUGGUGCUCUGACCCAAGAAACUAUUGUGACAGCCACAAUUGUUUUUAACAGUAUUACAGUUGAAAUAAACGGUAAUUCAACUUC